CAUAUACACAAAUCAAUCUUGGACAACGAACUUUAAUUUUGCUUCAACUAUCGAAAAAGGAACAAACAUUUAGAUAAUGGAAUCGUCCCCAACUCUUGACUAAACAACUUGUUUGAAAAAAGACAAAAAGUUUAGGAAGCACGAUAUAUGUAAUUUGUUUAUGACAAAAACACGACAUGUUAUUUGAUUAGAGGUGGAAAAGGAAUCCCGAACGACAAAAACACCAGUUGUAUAAACACCCAAUUCCCCUCACACAACUCACCAUCCAAAAUGAAGAUGAGUCUCACCCUCCUCAUUCCCCUCCUCUCUCUCCUCCUCCUCCAAGACCAAGCCCAUGCAAUCAUCUUCACCAUCCAAAACAAGUGCCCCUACACCCUCUGGCCCGCCUCCAUCCCGGGCGGUGGCCGUCGCCUCGACUCCGGGCAGACGUGGACCCUCGGGCUCCCCUACGGGCCCCACCUGGCCAAGAUCUGGGCUCGCACCAACUGCAGCUUCGACGGCAGCGGGCGCGGCAGCUGCCUGACCGGCGACUGCAACGGGCAGCUGAACUGCACGACCCACGGCGCGGCGCCGCGCACCCAGGCCGAGUACGGCCUCAACUCCUUCAACCACAAGGACUACUACGACAUCUCCGUGAUGGAGGGCUUCAACGUGCCCAUGGAGUUCCGCCCCAACACCAACGGCUGCACCCGCCCCAUCCGCUGCACGGCCGACAUCGUGGCCGCCUGCCCCGCCGCGCUCAAAGUCCCCGGCGGCUGCCACAACCCCUGCACCGUCUUCAAAACGACGCAGUACUGCUGCCACUCGGGGGCCUGCCGCCCCACCGAUCUUUCCCGCUUUUUCAAGAUCCGCUGCCGUGACGUUUUCACCUACCCGGAGGAUGACCCCACCAGCACCUUCGAGUGCCCACCCGCCACCAGUUAUACCGUCGUCUUUUGCCCUUGAUUUUUUUUCUUUUUUCUUUUUUCUUUUUUUUGUGUUGAUUGAUUUUCGUAGAGGCAUGUUAUAGUAUAAGUAAUUAAUAAGGCUUUGCAUAUCAUAUUCAUACAUGUGUCGAGUGAUGUGCAAAUUGCAAUUGUUGUUGCAAAUCAUUUUCAUGCUAUGCGUUCAUCGAUUGCCGACAAUGGGGUUUUAAUUUUGUAUAUCUGUACUGAUUUAAUAAAAGGUACUUUUGGUUACAAAA